ACCAUGCAUUUAUUGCUUUGUAAUGGGUGAUAUUGAUACAUUCUUAAUGCUUUAAAAAUAAACUUUAUUUCAUUUAAAACUUACUUUCUUUACAAACCAUAUUAAAACUAAAUAAAUAAUUUAUAAAAAUCAUUUAAAGCUUUCCUUACAAACCAUAUUAAAACUGAAUAUAAAAUGUCACUAACUUAAAUUGAAACUUUGUCGUAAUUUGCUUUCGACAUUCACGUUUUAAAAUUUAAACCAUAUGGCGGAAAAUCUAGCAAAUCAACAAACUAACAGCAACUCAAUUAUGGUGCAACUAUUAAGCUUCCUGUAAGAUUACGAGUACUACACACACUUCCGGCAUUUGAACGGUGUAUCGUAUCUCAUUUGGAUUUUACCGUUAUUUGUUUUAUACAUGGAAUUAAAGUGGUUUCUAGGUAUUGUUGGUGUAGGAGAAGCGUGUAUUAAUGUGCUGUUUUGUUAUCUUGCUCUCAUUUUGGACGACUGGAUCGACCAUUCACCCUUCCCCAGGGUAGGACUUUGGACAGGUUGGUCAGAUAUGCCAAGUUGGGUAAAGCCCACCCGAGCCAUGAUGUUUCUGGGCCUGUUUGCUACGAUCGGUACCACCGUGACGGCUAGUAUCUUUGUCAAGAAAAACAUCAAAGUGUUCCUCUUCAUAACCAUUGGCCUGGCUGUCGUCUCAGGUAUUUUCAUGCUGGCUGGGUACUUAAUAUUUUCUGAGGCGACGUCACAUUUGGGAUUACGCGGCGGCAAUGGCUCUUCGUUUUGUAUACGUGCCUGUAUUCUUGCGUGGGGCAUUGCCAUUACAUAUGCUUUUGUAUUUAUCUUGUCUAAGAGGGAACUGCCGCCAGCUAAUCUCGUUCAUGCUUCACUCAAUCCACUAGAAACACAUAUGUAAAAUAUACAUGUGAACAUAGCGUUUAAAUAUUACUGGAAAUGUAUGACUAUGUUACAGACAAAAUAACAUUUAAAAGACUGUUUUCUGUUUUUUGACAUAUUAUUCGUGAAACUAUGCUUAAAGGCGGUAUAAAACAGUAUUCAGUAAAGUAUAUUGGUCAAUAAUGUGGCAGUCUUGAAGAAAUUUUAGUCGCCAUUAAAAGAUUGAAAGUGAUUUAUUGUUCAUUAAUAUUUUUGCAUCAUCAUCAUCAUCAUCAUCAUCAUCAUCAUCAUCAUCAUCGUCCGUUUUACAUGUUCACAUUUUUAAAGCAGAUAAUAAUUGACAUUUUCA